CCGCGCAUACCCAAGAGACAAUGACCCAGGCAGUGCCCUCGGUCCGCUAUAUAAGUGACCCGGUCAUCUGCUCUCCACUUCCACACCAUGGUCGAGUUCGCGGUCUUCGUCGCCUUCCUGGCGGUCAUCGCCCCUACGGUGCUCCCUCAGGAAGUAUCGAGCACUGUGAAGCCUGAAGUAGAAGGUGCUGCCGACUUUGACUACUUCAGAGCGGAGUCCAGAUGGACAGCUAACGCACUUCAAGCAAUGUUUGACGAAGUGGACACUCGAUUGGGAGAUUUUAUUGAUGAACUGAAGGUCUCAAACAACGCUUCUUCAGCACUGAAGAAGUACAGCGAGGCCGCAGAAGCUGUGAAGGACUCCCCAUGUGUCACGACCAGCGAAGAGUUCAGGACAGCUCAAGAUACUAUAGAAUCUGUUAUAGCAACUUGUGUAGACGCGGUACCACAAGAAGACAAAAACAAAUUCAGAUCCCUCAUCAAUGAAUCGAUCAAUAAAACGCGGGAAAUUGACAACUCCUUCCGGCAAAACUCCAUAGUCUGCACCUCCCUGAGACUUCCCCCACCCCCCUCUUGCAAGGCAACCGAGAAGAAACUCCUCGCUGACAUUGAUGAAAUCAUGUCCUGCAAUGAAGUUGACACCUUCAACUACCACAUCGCUGUAACCACUGAGAACGCUAAGGACAGUAUCAAUGCAUGUGUAGAGAAUGGCGCGAAGGAUCUAAUCAUCAAGUUAGAGACAGCAUUAAAAUCCUUGGAAAGCUGUCAGUCAAGAUCAUGAGGUAAUAAAAUAGCAAGCAUUAAAAGUUCAUAUUUUUUACUACCUCGAGCUUGUCUAUACCUGCAGGUCUAUUAAACUUAAUCUAACUAAGCAAAAGAUAAAAUGCUUCUUUUUUAGAAUUACAAACAUGCAUAUCUGCAAUAAAGUAACUCUGGUUCUUA